AUGGUAAUCUCCUCUGGCAGCGCUUUGAGCAGCGAGUCUGUCCUGGGAUAUAUGGUCAAGAGCAUUCCGACCCCGCCGUCAGACGACCAGCAACAAACACUCAUCAAGAACCCUUUCGCCGCGAUUGCUCUGUUCUCCCAUGCCUGUAUGCUUGCGGUGGGGUUCCGACUCAUUGGCCUGGGAGAAGAUGAUAGAUUAGAAACUCAGUCCGAUGCCCAAAAUGUGCAGCCAUUGCCCCUCAGAUGGGAUGCCUCCUCAUCCUCGUAUGCCUUUCGCUACGCUCACUCUCAGUCCUCAAUGGAAUAUCUCGUCAAGGUGAAUCGGUUAGGGACCAAAGCUCUUGUGUUUGGAGUCGGGCUGGGCGAUGACAAGACCGCCUCGUUCGAAAUCAAGGCCGAAGAUUAUGUCUCCGAGGGCUCAAUAAAAGAAGCAACAGCAAAUUCCGACAAAACCUCGGCCCUUAGGAACGUCUUCAUAUCCAAUGGGCGUAUCGCAGAUUUGGCAUCGUUGUUCAAAAGUAAUAUUAUUCAAAAGUUGGCGCCGGGGAUCGAGAAGGCGGGGUAUGAAGAGACUUCUUCAAGGACACUUGAGCAACCUAGGCGGCACGAGGAAACCCGUCCUCUUGAGCAUGAUCCUUUGAGAGACGACCAUCUUCCAUCUGCCAGACCGUACCCGUUUGAUGAUCCACUGGCAGCCCAGCCACGAAGACCGCAACCUCCAGGCGACUUCCCACCACCUGGGUUCGACGAUGAAUAUGAUAUCAACAGACCAGCAGGGCGGUUUCCAGGGGGUCACCAGCCGUUUGGGAAUCUUGGUGAGAGGGAUCUUUACCCUCCAGGUCUCGGGCCCCAGGACCCUCUUAGAAUAGGACCAGGAGGCGGGUUUCGCGGAGGUGGUGGAAUGCACCCCACGUUCGACGAUCCCAUAUUCGGUGGACGUGGUGGACAGGAUCUCUACGAUCCCACAGUGCCGCCCGGCGCUCGAUAUGACCCAAUCGGACCAGGUGAUGGUCCUCCCAAUCUUCGAGGAGGACCCAGGUUUCCCGGUGGUAGGGGCGGCGGAAUGGGAGGAGGCAACCCCUUUGGCGGCUUUGGCGGUGGGGACUUCAUCUAG